AUGCUUUUCGGUCUAUCCCAGCGACGAGCUCGCGAGCCUCUCAAACCACCCUCCGAUCUCGAUUAUCCUCUCAUGGAUCUCUCAUCCCUCGAGGGCGCGCCGAUAGUUAAUCCAAAAUUCAUUGUCCCGCCAGAUACGACGACCCCUCGUAUUCGUACACAGUCGCGUGCUUCCAUUCAACAUUUGUUCUCAAAACCUCUACCACCGAGACCCGCUUCAACGGACGGACUGGCCGCUCGACCUGUCCACAAUCGAUGGCAAUAUAAGGCGGGCUUCGGCCCGUAG